AUGCUGCUCACUGAGUAUGAUAUACAGUAUGUGACCCAGAAAGCAAUAAAAGGGAGUAUUCUGUCUAACUAUCUAGCUCACCUUCCUGUUGAAGGCUACCAAUCAUUAAAGUUUGACUUCCUAGAUGAGGACAUCAUGUUUAUCAGAGAUUUUACUAUGCCAGGCUUCGAGGUAAGCCCUGAGGAAGGCCCCGAACCAGGAUCGCGAUGGACGCUCGUGUUCGACGGUGCUUCCAAUGCCCGAGGUCAUGGUAUAGGUGUUGUUAUCACUUCUCCAACUUGUUUCCACAUCCCCUUCACCGCUAGGUUAUGUUUUGACUGCACCAACAAUAUGGCAGAGUAUGAAGCAUGUAUCUACGGUUUAGAGGCGGCAAUCGACUUGAGAAUUAAAAUCCUUGAGCUAUUCGGUGAUUCAACUCUGGUAAUCAGUCAAGUGAAAGGCGAUUGGGAGACUCGAGAUAGCAAGUUGAUACCCUACAAAGAGCAUAUCAGAAAACUGGUCCCUUACUUUGAUGAGAUCUCCUUUCAUCAUAUUUCUAAGGAAGAAAAUCAGUUAGCAGACACUCUAGCUACGCUGGCAUCUAUGUUUAAAGUCAAAUGGAAGAAUGAGGCACCAUCCAUCCAGAUUGACCACUUAGAUGAACCAGCACAUUGUCUAGCAAUUGAGGCCGAUCCUGACGAUAAGCCUUGGUUCUAUAACAUAAAGACAUUUCUGGAGAAACGAUAG